AGCUUUGUACAAUCAAAGAUUUAGAGAUGAUAAGUUUUCAGGGAACCUACUUUUAAUGGACAGUUCAACAACAAGCAGUGAUAAGAAAACACUAAAGAGGUGGUUUUUCAUUGACAAAAGAGUUGGAUAAAAACAAAGUGUGUUUAGAAGAAACCAUCGAAUUUCUUGUUUGAAGCAUUUUUGUUUGGAGAGUUCGAUGGAUUUGAAUAUAAAUAAAACGUCCCCUGUUCUUAGUGACCCUACUACACCAGUCAACAAAUCAAGACUUGGAUCAUCCUUCCCUUCAGGGAGAUUCAUGAUGAAUCCUAGGAAGAAGAUUCCUAAACUCGAUGAUGUUAGAUCUAACGGUUGGUUGGAUGCGAUGAUAUCCUCGUCCCCACCGCGUAAAAGGCUUGUCAAGGAUUUCAACAUUGAGAUUGCUCCGGAGGAUGACUUUGCUCAACGGGCCUGGAUGCUCAAGUAUCCUUCAGCGAUUACCUCGUUUGCGCAUAUUGCAGCUCAAGCGAAGAACAAGAAGAUAGCUGUGUUUCUAGAUUAUGAUGGAACGCUUUCCCCAAUCGUUGAUGACCCUGAUCGCGCCAUCAUGUCUGAUGCGAUGCGUGCUGCUGUGAAAGAUGUCGCCAAGUACUUCCCAACAGCAAUAAUUAGUGGUAGAAGCCGUGACAAGGUAUACCAAUUGGUAGGACUAACCGAACUCUACUACGCGGGUAGUCACGGGAUGGACAUAAUGACUCCUGUAAAUCCACAUGGGUCCCCUGAAGACCCCAAUUGUAUAAAAUCCACUGACCAACAGGGCGAGGAGGUAAACCUCUUUCAGCCUGCUAAAGAGUUCAUACCCGUCAUCGAAGAGGUUUAUAAUAGCCUCGUUGAGAUAACUAAAUGUAUCAAAGGUGCAAAAGUGGAGAACCACAAAUUCUGCACCUCUGUACAUUACCGUAAUGUUGACGAGAAGGACUGGCCACUCGUUGCUCAACGCGUUCAUGACCACCUGAAAAAAUACCCUCGUCUGCGUCUAACUCACGGGAGAAAGGUUUUAGAAGUCCGUCCUGUGAUUGAGUGGAACAAAGGAAAAGCAGUCGAGUUUCUGUUAGAGUCUCUCGGAUUAAGCAACAACGAUGAGUUUCUCCCAAUCUUCAUUGGAGAUGACAAGACCGAUGAAGAUGCAUUCAAGGUACUGAGGGAAGGGAACAGAGGAUUUGGAAUAUUGGUAUCGUCUGUACCAAAAGAAAGUAAUGCAUUCUACUCUCUUAGAGACCCUUCCGAGGUGAAGAAGUUUCUCAAGACUUUGGCGAAAUGGGGGAAGGUGGAAAACUCUACAAGUUUUUGAUGAUUGUGUAGGAGAAUCAGAAGCUUCUUCAUUCUACACUGCUUUUUAAUUUUCUCUACCCUUUAGUUUUUUUUUUUAAUUGCCUUCUUCACGGUUUCUACUAUAUAUGUAUUAAGUUAUCAUUUUUUCAUAUUAUCCAUUAUGCAAACGGAAAGAUGUGUUUGACGAUUUACAAAUCCAUGUUCACAAUUGUAGAGAAAAGAAUCAGAUCGUUUCGUUAUUAUCAUAGAUUCGAAAAAAGUUGAGACAAAUACUCUCUGAACUCUGAAUAAGAACAUCAUCAACCU